CUGCCGCUAAUGACCUUGACAAUGGGACGAAACCGUGGACUGUUGAAGACCUUAUAGGUCUAGUGCGGGUCGUCAUCCCGGACAUCACUGAAGACGUGCUCAUGUCUCUGCUGGUAUACAUCAAAUCAGCGGGCGUCACCAGUGAAGCGGACAUCGACAAGGUAGAGGCUAGCAAGGUUUCGGCGAUUGUUGGUGCCGAUAAUGCAAUUGCACUGCUGGACUGCUUUAAGAAGGAAGCCUUGAUCAGAAAGAACCCACCGUGCCAUGCGGUCACGAGUCCCACGGCAGCCGCUGCUCAGCCGUCUGCCGUUGCUACCGUCGGAGGCCUGUCCCAAGACAUGGUCCAAAUUCCCAUUGCUGCCGCUGCUCAGCCGUCUGCCGUUGCUACCGUCGGAGGCGUGUCCCAAGACAUGGUCCAAAUUUUCAAGAUGCUUGUAGAAAUGCAGAAGGAUGGUAAUGAGCAGAACAUGAAGAUGAUGAAGGAUAUGCAAACAAUGCAGAAGGACUUCCUGGAAAGCGUGAAGGACACGAUGGUGCAGACAUCUUCGAUGGUCAAGGACACACUGGCGACGGUGACCAAGCAAACAACGGAGCAGGCAAGAAUGCAGCAGGAGACAAUUGCGACCAUACAGCAGACCACGGAGGCCGCGACCAAGAUGAACCAAGAGGCGAUGCGUGCGGUGCAGCUCAACAUGGCGGAGACGCGCAAAAUGCAUUCGGAGACGACCGAGUUGGUCCAGAAAAGUAUGGCCGAUAUGCUCGACGCACAGCGGAGAAGCGCCGAAAGGAUAGAACGAAUGAGUCAGCUACCCCCCAAUCGUGAUUGCGUCAUCCUGUGAUCGAACGGUGCGAGCAAAUAAACAUCGGAGACAGCAAA